GAAGGGUUCAGUUCAUAUAUUUUUGAAGCCGCGCGCGGAAGCUGUGUUAGUUUUUACUCGGUUUGUAAACGGCUAUGAAGUUCGUCAUUUUAAUUACGAUUGCAGUAGCAGCAUUGCUGCAGUUAGCUGUUCAUGGAGCCGAUAAUCCUUGUGCUAAUGGCCCUCCCGUACAAAAGAACCCAAUGGAGUGCUGCAACACACCCAUGCUCCUAGACAAAGACAUCAUGAUGGACUGCUACCAAAAGUACGGCGAUCAAACCAAAAAGCAAAUGAAACUGGAAGGUGUUCCUCGUGGUUGUUGCAUUGCUGAAUGCGGCCUGAACGCCACCGGCUUGUACUCAAACGGAAUGAUCAAGCGGGACGACAUGACCAAGAUGUUCAUGGACUCGGUUAAGGAUAUGCCCGAGUGGCAGAUGUUGGUCCGCGAUACACUGGACGAGUGCUUCAAGAUGGCCGAAUCGAAAAUGGACGAAAUCCAGGCCGGUGCCAUGCUGGAACCAAGCUUCGAAGGCGAGAAGAUUUGCCAUCCCAUUUCCGGUACCAUUCUGCGAUGCAUGGGAAUGAACCUGUUCGUAAAGUGUCCGGCCGGAGUGUACAACGAAAGCGAUGAGUGCAACCAACUGAAGGAGUACUCCAAGAUGUGUCCGAUUAUGUAAAUAAGUGAAAAAAGUUUCCUUGUGAGAGUGCUUACUAGUACAAACGGUUGGCUGUUAAUAUGUAGUAAAGUAAUUAAAGUAUUCAA